AUGCAUUCAGUCCAGGUAGGGAUGUGGGACCCCCGGGCCCCGUCAAAACAUGACUCACCCCUCGCCUCACCUCCCCCCUCCGACGUGCGCCUCGCCCACGUGACCACAGACUGCCCGGCGAAGCGGAUCACCUUCUACAAAAGCGGCGACAGCCAGUUCGGGGGCGUCAGGAUGGCCGUCCACAAGCGCAGCUUCAAAUGCUUCGAUGCCCUGCUGGACGACCUUUCCCAAAAGGUGCCCCUUCCGUUUGGUGUGCGGACUGUAACCACUCCCCGUGGCACCAACACCAUCCAACACCUCGAGCAGCUCCAGGACGGCGGCUGCUACCUGUGCUCUGACCGGCGCCAGGCUAAGCCAAUCAACAUGGAGCUGGCAAGCAAACGCCCAAGCAUCUGGUCCCAUCACAACCGCAGACCCCAGCGGCCCGAGAGCUCGUCUGCGACACCACCCAACCAUCAGCCCUACAGGCAGCGGCGGAUCCUGCUGGUGAAGAACAGCGAGCCGGGCACGAGGAGGAGCGUGGUGCUGAGCAGGAGGUCGACCAGGAGCCUCGGGGCGUUCCUGGAUGAAGUGUCAGAGGUGAUGCAGUUUCACGUUCGCAAGCUCUACACUGCAGAGGGACGCAAGAUCGACACCGUGCAGAGCUUGAUGACCUGCCCCCCCGUGUUGGUGUGCGUCGGCCGGGAAGCGUUCAGUCCCGUGUUGGCCAACUUCAUCAAGAAGAACUCGGAGGAAAAGCUGCCUGGUCUGGACAGCAGGUCGCCCGGUCUCAGCCCCAGGACUCCGGGAAACGGGGCCAGAUCUCCUGCCGUUCAGGGAGCCAGAUCCCCGCCUCAUGGAGCUCAGUCCAGAGCCAGCGAGUACAGCGAAGGACAUGAGAGCAAGAAAAAUGUGAACUUUGGUCUGGAAACCAAGAAGAGCAUCAUCCACCCUCGUUCUGACUCCUCAAACCGCUCCAACCAUUUCUCGAUGUCUUCAGAGAAGUCGUACGGGAACGGCGUCAGCUCCUACUCCCAGGCCCGACCGGCGAUUAUGAACGAUGACAUCGAAAAGCGUGUGCUUGUGAAUAAAGACGGUAGCCUCUCAGUCGAGAUGAGGGUCCGCUUUCGCCUCCACAACGAUGAGACCGUCCACUGGUCCACGCAGAUAAAAAAAUCCCCAUCUCUGACCAAUGACUGUUGUCCCCUGAGCCAGGUCCAGCCCCACUACCUGCACAAUGGCCAAUCGGAAAGCUGCUCCGAUCCUGAUUCCAUGUCAUUCGACCCGGAGGUGGUGGAUUACUCCAGCCAACCUGUGCAGCAUGCAUUGGAAGCAAACCACUGCCCCUGCUGUUACCAGCGACCGGAGCAGCACUACGACUUGUGGGAGAAUCCAGCACACAGCCGCAAACAGCCUCUCGUCCCACCCCCACAUCCACUCACGUCCAGCCACACCAGAAGGAGACACACAAACUCCUCGAGCUCGUCUUCUUCCUGUAAUUCCAGGAGAGUGGUGCACCGUCGAGCUCAGCUCUCCAGCUGCGGAGGCGGCUCAGGCUCAGAGCAGAGCCAGCUGAUCCAGGAGGAGAUGUGUGUGACGGAGCAGGUUGAACACACAGUAGAGGUGGAGCAGGACGGAGACAAACACGUUGAGGUGUGCAGGGUGAGCCGGUGCCACAGCCGCAGCGAAGUCGUUACCAGAGACAGCAACCAUCGACCUCUCAGCAGCAAGUCAGGGGAGGAAGAGGUGAUGAUCGAGGAAGAGCAGGAGCGUCCACAGUCUGCAGUCAGCUGCUCCUCAAAUGUCCUGCAGUCAUUAGAGGAGGAUCAGGAUGAGGAGGAGGAGGACCUGCCACCCAGCGCCUCACGGUGCCAUCACAGCAAUGAACCAUCACCAUCUCCAUCAAGCAAAAUCUCAACAGUUAAAAAGCACAAGGACGGGGAAGAGAGAGCGAGCAGUGCAGUGUCUGCAGCUUCUUCCUGUUGCUGUGGAUCUGUCACGCAACUUCCAGCAGCUGAAGCAGAGGAGAUGGAUCGCGCCCCCAGCUCCAAGUCCAAAGCGAGCAGAGCUUCUUGCAGGUCUGGUCGCACAGGACUUUCAACCGGCUCUAGGAAAUCAGGGGCAUCGACUGUGUGCCCUGACUGUGGCGGCUGCAAACAAGGAGCCACUUCAAACCCUGGUUCACCGCAACACAAGCAGGAGAACGGCUCCAGCGAAAGUAAUGAUGACACCUCGGAGGAUUCAGUCGGGUCAACACAAUCCAACAAGUCCAACCUCACCAACUGUGGCCGCAAUUCUGCAGAAUCAAACGUCUUGGAGUGCAGAGCAUCUAGUGUCGCGUCCAGUGCAUCCACUCCUGAAGUAAAAGAAGAAGAAAGGGCUCCGAGUGCCAUCUCAGCAACCAGCCACAGGUCCAAUAGGUCACACAGGUCUGGUAAUAAUGGGGUCACUGGUAUCACAGUGGACAAAGAGGAGGAGAGGAGCCUCAGCAACAUGUCUGCCAGGUCCAGGAAGUCUAAAACACCUGACACGAGAACAAGAGAGGAAGUCGUGGGAGAGAGAGCAAUCAGCUCGUUGUCGGUCAAAUCAGGUGUUUCGGCAAAGACCAUCACUUCAGUCAAAUCUCACAAGUCCAACUGUCCCUCAAAAAGUAACGCUGCCUCCCCAACUGAAGAUACAGCCGUCGAAGAGGAGAAGACACGCAAAAAGUCUCCAAGUAGCCUUUCUGAGAGACCCCAUAGUGCCCUGUCAGCAAAAUCAAAUGUGACAGCACAGUCGAGCACUUCUCACAGGUCCGCGUGCAGCCGCUGUGCUAAAGUUAAAUCUCCAGGUGCUGGGGAAGCAACAAGACAGGAAGAAGGGACAGACGGGCAGAACAGAACAGCGAGUGCCAUGUCAGUCAAGUCUAAUCUGUCAGUCAAGUCUAAUAAUUCCCAUAAGUCCACCAAAGCUUCAGAGAGGUCACUUUCGCCCAGGUCGGAGGCUCAGGGAGAGGAAAGGCCAGCAAGUCAAACGUCUGCCAGAUCAGUCAAAUCAACAAAUGGUUCUGUAAAGUCCUCAAAGUCACGCAAGUCUAACUGCGAAGAAAAUGAAACUGAGGUAUCUCCGAGCUCAAAGUUAGAAGAGGAACCCGAGGAGACAGAAGGUGAGAUGGUGGAAGAAGAAACACAACAUGAGCCAGACAGAGCAGCCAGCGCCCGGUCCACAAUGUCCAAUAAGAAUACAGGAGAUGCUAAAGAGCGGACUGCCAGUGUUUUAUCUGGUAAAUCAGCUCUAUCUGAGAAGUCCCACCAUUCAAAGACAGACGUGGACAGAAGUCCUAGUGCCGCGUCUGGGAAGUCCAGGAAGUCCAAGUGCUCUGCAGCUUCUCCACAUGGAGACGAGCAGCAAACUGAAACCGAAGAGCGGGUUGCCAGUGCCAUGUCUGUCAAGUCCAAAUCGUCAGCACGGUCCAAUGUCAAGUCGGCGUCACCGGGUCCAAAUGCCGUUACCAUCAACUCGGCAGAGGAGGUUGAGGACGAAGGAAAUGAGACGACAGAGAGAGCUCCAAGCGCUGCAUCAGCUAAAUCUAGAAAAUCUCAUGUUUCAUCCAAUCAUAGUGGACGUAAAGCUCCAGCCGCACCCGGCAGUCGUCAAUCCUCUGCACGACAGUUGGUGCCUGGCCCCGGUUUGGGGGAGACGAGAGGUCCGAGUGCUUUGUCAGUUCGGUCCGCAACCUCGGCUAAAUCUGGCCGGUCCAAAUGUCGCUGUGGAGCAGCUUCAGGGGAGGAUCAGAAGGAGGGAAAUGAUGAGGAGGCUACUGAACAGGCUGCAAGCUUCUUAUCAUCCUCUUCCAAGAGACAGAGGAGGGAUUCAGGAGGCACCGAGCAGCCGUUGAGUCGAUGCUCAUCAGGCUCAGUCUCUCUCGGGUUGCCCGAAGACCAAGAAGCAGCUGAUUCAGACAGUGGGAAGUCAUGUUUUUCCUUUUGCACAAACACUGAGAGUAAAGGCCGAGUGAAGACGGCAGCAUCUGAGGGUCCUAAAAGCCAGACGGGCUCUGCUGCAAAGAAAGAUGUGGAAGGAAGAGCGUCCAGGAAUAAAAGCACUUUGUCCCACAAUCCUCCAGCUGUCGAUAUCCCCACGAUAAAAACUCCUGGAGGCGGUGAUGGUCGAGAUGAAGAAGACGGUGGAGGGCAAAACGCAGAAAGAGCAGCCAGUGCAAUUUCUACCAAAAGCGGCAGAUCCCAAAAGUCCUCACGUAGCCGUAGCGCCAAAGUGACAGAAAAUAACCUUCAAACGGAAAGUGAGUCAAAAACUAGAAAUCUGAGCGCCCACAACAACAGAACCUCGUCUUCAAUGUCAUCAUCAAGUGCCAAUGUAGCAAAGACCCCAGUUGGAGAUUCAUCAAGUAAUGACACUGGAAACAUCAGUGAGGUCAAAGGGCAAGAAGACGUUGCAGCCAGUGUCCACUCCAAGAGUCCGUUUUGCCUCAGGCCUGAAUCAGCAGCUUCGGCUCAAUCUGGGUCCAAAACCAAAGUCAGAUCAGUCAAAGGCCGUGAGUCCAGAUCUAAAGCAGGAAGCAACAGUGGCGACGUGGAGACACUUGUCAAAUCCUCGGACCCCUGUCCCCUGCAUGACUCCAGACCAAGCAGCAAAGUGGAGAGUGAGACCACUCUGUCUCACUCUCUGUCCGCUGCCGACCUGCUGAAGGAAACCAUGGCUGCGUGUCCGGACAGACCAGAGUCGAAGGCCAGCAAAACCAGUGACCGAACGGGGGGAGAGAAAAGCCCAAAGAGUCAGAGAAAAAGGAACCAGAAGGAGAAAAAGCCCGACCUCACACCUGCCUGUCUGCCCAACGCUUCCCCCAACGAGGUGGUGAACAACUGGCUGCGGAGCAUUCCUGCCAACAGCGGUAUGCUGGCACUGGGCGACGAGCUAGAAGAGGGGGAGCAGGAGGCGGAGGAGAAACCUGGAGAGGAGGAGGUGGCACAGGUGGGGGAGAGUCCUGAAGACGAUAAAGUGGAGGACGAGGAGAAGGCUGAGGUUGAGGAGGGAGCAGAGAAAGAGGGAGAAGCUAAAUGUGACACGGCAGAGGAGGAGCAGAAUUCAGAUCCAGCUCCGGGUGAUGAGAAGGUGGCGUCUUGCCCCACUGGGCUGGAAAGUGCUGACUCUCUGCCCAGGAAUUUGCAUCCGUCUGUGGCUGUGAUGAAGGUUCUUCUGAGUUCUUCUCUGGGCCGAUGCCGAAGUUUGCCAGAGGUGUCUCCAGUUUAUGGCCGUCGACUGAGCACGUCAGCCAGAGGGUUCCUGGAUUGUUUGGCCCAGCUCCAGCUCAUCGAGCCGGCACUUAGACCCGGUUGUGACCUGCAGAAAAACCCUAACCACCAGUAUGACGAGAUCAUGACCAUACUCCAGUCGCUCUGGCUCACUGGGCCCAGUGACACUGAGUUCAAGAAGGGCAAGGACAUCGGCAAGGAGCAGGUGACUCCACCGAGGUCCUCAUCCGGGGUGGGAAUGAGCAGUGGCUCCGGCGGGUCGGGAAAGGAGAAUGGAAAUAAAGAUGGACACGAAACACCUCCGAAGGAGAUUGAAUCUUUACCCGAGGUGCAGGUGCCGAGUGAAGAUCAAAGUACACUCCCUCAAAGUCUGGACAGCCCGAAAGCCACAGAGAACCCGUCAUCCUCGGACAAGAGCUCUGCCAACGACAGCUCCAAGUCCCCCACCGACAACGAGCAGGAGCCGCUGGACGACACCAGCUCAGGAACACCCUCGACUGUCCUGCGAGCGCCUCUGUCCCAAAAACUGUCCCAAGACCCCGAUCCCGUUUGGGUGCUGCACCUUCUGAAGAAGGUGGAGAAACAGUUCAUAAACCACUACAUCAACGCCAUGGCGGAGUUCAAAGUCCGCUGGGACCUGGACGACAGCCUCAUCCUGGACACGAUGAUGUCUGAGCUCAAGGAGGAGGUGAGUCGACGCAUCCAGAGCAGCAUCGAACGCGAGAUAAGGAAGAUUAAGGGCCGAGCCGGCAGAGGAGGACGGUCGCCCCGGCCACCCCAGGGAGCGCACCUCUCCAGGGAGUCCACCAUGACAGAGAAGAGGCGUCGGAUUUUAAAGGUCAUGAAGAACCAAUCGGUGAAAACCACUGACUCUGUCAGUGAUGAAGAGAUGGAGGGUGAUUUCAGUGACCAGCGAAGUGAUGAUGAGUACUGCCCCUGCGAUGCUUGUGUCCGCAAGAAAAUGGAUGCCCGGCCUCUCAUGGUGAACCCAUUGGCAGCCAACGCACCAGUGAAGAUGGAGUUUGACCUUCUCAAGAUACUUCAGCUGAAGAAAAGCCCAGAGCCUGCGCCUGUAGCCGUGCACCAGUCUGCGGAGCUGGAAGGUGAGGAGGGGAGGAAUUUGGAAGUAGUGCAGGAGGAAGAGGAGGAGGAGGAGGAGGAGGAGGAAACAAAGGAGGAUAUUAAAGCGGAGUUUGUUUUAGAGGAUAUGAUCCCAGAGGAGGAUGAGGAAGAAGAAGAGGAGAAGGUAGAAAAGGAGGAAAAUAGUGAGGAGGGUAAGGAGCAGGAAGAGGGAGAAAAAGAAGGUGAGGAAACAGGAGAAGAGGGGGCACAAGGAAAUGAUGAUGAGGAGGAAGAGGGUGAGGCAGAAUGUCAAUGUCAGUGUGCCAGAAAUGAGGAGGAGAGUGACAAGGCUGAAGAGGAAGAGGAGGCUGAGGAGACUGGCGACAACACAGGGGAAGAUGAGGUGGAAGAUGAUGAGGACGAGACAGGAACUGGGGAGGAGGAGAGUGACCUGGAGACAGUUAAAGAAGCACCAGUAGGUAAAGGAGAGACCACUGAGGGUCAGGAGGAGGAGGAAGAGGAGGAGGAGUGUGAGGCGUCUGAUUCUAAGCCAGUGGAAGAGGAAACCACAGGAAAGGAAAGUGGAGAAGAGGAGGCAGAGGAUGAAGAUGACGGGGAGAAUGGGGGCGGAGAGGAGGAGUCGCACGAAGAGGGAGAGGGAGGAGAAAGUGAGGAGCAGGAAGGACCCCCCCCACAGGACCAGGGGGCGACUGAGGGAGAGGAGGCCGACGCUGAAGACUCAGACACAGACAAAAAAAGCCCCAGCGACACCAGUGCGGAUGAAGUUGUUGCUGGGACCACUGGUGACGAGGAAGAGAAAGAGGCGGGAGGAGGAGACGCCGUGGAGGAGUUCAAGCCCGAGGAAGAGGAGGAGGAGGAGGAAGUGAAAGGCAGCAGAAAGGAGGCGGGGGCUCUCCUCCAUCAGUUCACCAGGACGUCUGUGGAGUCGCAGCCCGGCUCCUUGGAGGACAUUCACACGGAUUCAGCUCCUGUCAGCACCAUAGAAGUGCCCAAGAUGGGGUCCACUGGGGGGGGUGCGAGCCCGAAGAGGAGCCGGUCGCCGGGGAGGGUCAAAUGUCGCAAACCCAAAGACAGAGAUAUGGACCAGGAUGAUUAUUAA